CUGCGGGAUUAGUGUCACCCUACCCCUACCCUAUGCCUGGCACGUUUGGUUAACAAAUACAAAAUCUUUAGUUGAGUAUCCUUUUGGACUUUCGUUGCUAUGGUUACUACUUCGUAUUCCUGCUUAUGAUGCCACCCCUGGAAAGACGAUCUAUCGUUGCAAGUUGGAAAAUAAUAAUUCCUGAAGGGGAAUUCCUUGUUGAAUUCGAACACGGAACAACAUCGGGCAAACGUGUGUUAUGGAUUAACGGAAAUGAAUACCUUAGAAAAGAAUGGAUGUUUCGCCUUGUUGGUUCUGAAAAUUUCCGGAUUGGCCGUUACGAAUGCAAAUUGGACGUAGAGCCGGAUGGGACUUUCGGAUUACUCUAUUUGUUAUCUAUAAACGGCCAGGACAUUGGCGAAUUCCAAGAAGUAAACAAGAAGAGAUGGAUUACUUGGAAUGUUAAUUCAAGUGAAGGAAAAAGUGACACUAUUCUUUUUGAAAAGGACACUAUGGAUGUUUGGUUUAAUGGGAACAAAAUUGAUUGUGAGGUCCAGUUUAUUGAUGGUGGCAACCAAACCCAGUUUUCUAUUAAUGGUACUGUGGGGGCAAUUAGAUCAAUUUCAAGUGGUAAUAAAAAAGUAGGAAUGAUUCAUCAAUUUAUUCUUGGGGAUGAAAUUUUACAACCUGAUACAGACAGCAAAUGA